AUGAUUGUCGCAUGCUUUCCCCGGCUGACCCAUCUGCAUCUCUCGGAUUUCAGCGUUGAAACGUUGGACGACGCCUUUCUCGCUGACCUCGCCGUUUCGUGCCCUGGGUUUGAGAGCGCUGCACGUGGGGAUGCUGACGGAGGUCGAGCUUCGUUCUUUCAGCUUCAGCAUCUGCGCACCCUCGUCUUGUCCACCGCCUUCGUCUUAAAGUCUUCAGAUCUCAGCGCCCUUUCGUCUCUCACUGCAGUUUCAAUAGAAACCUCUUCCCUUCACUACGACCAGCUCUCCAGCCUCCAUCAACUUACCAACCUCACCCGCCUCGCCUUGCCUGACGACAUUCGCGUGAUUUCAGCACAUUCGCCCGCCUUCUCUCUCGCACAGCUCCCUUCUCUCCAAUCGCUCGAGUUCGGAUUGGAUGAUGCGCACUUCACCGCUUUUUUCCCUCCUGGAUCGCCAUUCAGACUCCUGAAACGCCUGCACCUCAGCCAUUGCUUCACCCAGGAGCGGCUUCCAAGCAAGAUUGGACAGGUGCUGCCGCACCUGCAAGAGCUCAGCAUCAUUGAAUGCGAAAACUUGAGCGACCUGACUGACGAGUUCACGUCGCUCACCUGCCUGGAGAGCUUGACCGUUUCCUACUGCAGCGUGUCCACUCUGCCGGAAGGCUUUGGCCAUCUUUUAGCCUUGAAGGCCUUGGUGCUGCACCAGCUGCCGUUUCGCACUCUCCCUGCUUCCUUCACCAGACUCGCAUCCCUGGAGGCGUUUUUUCUGGAUUGGUGCGAACAGAUGAACGAUUUACCUGCAGGGUUUGGUCGCCUCACAGCCCUCCAGUCUCUGAGCUUUGCAGGGUCAGCCAUCCUGCACAUUCCAGAAGACUUGGGCGGCCUGAUCAAUCUCCACACCUUUCGUUUCGACUAUAACAGCAAACAUCAGCUGCUGUCGCCAUUAGCGCAGCUGGCGUCGCUGACCAGGUUGGAGCUGGUUCGGUUGGAGCAUAUUGAGCUUCCAGAGGGGAUGGGGGAGCUGACAAACCUGCAGGAGCUCCACAUUCAAAAGUACUUAUACCUUAAAGAGCUUCCGGGUUUUGUGACGUCGCUUGUCAGCCUUCGAGUGCUGAGGAUUACAGAGUGUGAUAAUCUCGUGUCGGUUCCCAGGAGGCUGGAUAGGCUUACCAGCCUGACGCAGUUGGAGCUGCGGGAGUGUUGGCGGCUGAUCGAAGCCCCUCAGGCUCUGCCAAUCAGCCUCCAGGCUCUAUGGUACUUAGAGAAUCACCAUACGUGGUCUUUGCCAGAGAUUUCAAGACUUACAGGGCUCAAGGAAGUGUGCUUGGGCACUGUGGAUGCAGCUUGUGUUGAGGUCAUCAGUGAGCAUCUCUCCGGUGUGAGGCACUUGGAGCUGGUGCUCGAAGAAGGUGCAGAGGAGUCUCUGUCCGCGCUGACCCGGCUUCCUCGCCUCCGCACCUUGGCACUCAGGGACGCCUGCAGUUUGAACUCGCUGGUGGAAUCUGGGGGCUCAGGUUUGCGAGAGCUACGGGAGCUGAACAUCACUGCUCAACUCCCAGAGCUGCCUGCCGCCAUCACCACUCUCCACCACCUGACAUCCAUUAAAAUCGAAUCGCUAAAAAUGUCUUCUCUUCCGCACCCCUUUGGGGCAUUCUCAAGGCUGCGCAAGCUGGACUUAUCCCACUGCUCAUCCCUCACGCAUCUCCCUGCUUCCCUCACGCAGCUCUCCUGCCUGCAUGAGCUGAACGUCAGAGACACCAGUAUUCGUCUUCUUCCGCCUAGCUUUACCCAGCUCAGCAGACUGAGGAAGCUUCAUAUCCAGGACUGCGAGCAGCUGGAGGCUCUGCCUGACGACAUAUCUGAGCUUAGAAUGCUCGAGUACAUCUCUACUGACGGAUGUGCCAUGCUCCACCGGUGA